AUGGCUGGACAACUCUCCAAACAUUUUCGCGUAUCGUCCAGGACGUCCAACGUCUAUGGAUCGCGAUUUGCAUCACAACAUAUGCCGUCACAAUAUUUCCCGGAGGAGGAAAUGCCCAAGGAUGUUGCCUAUCGUAUGAUCAAAGAUGACUUGAUCCUUGACGGACACCCCAUGUUAAACGGACAGGAGGAAGAAGCGGAAAAACUAAUCGCAGAAUCCUCCAACAAGAAUGUUGUCGACCAAGAAGAAUACCCCAAAUCCGUCGAGACCGAACAUCGCUGCAUCAACAUCCUAGCCAAUCUCUUCCACGCUCCGACAGAAAACAAUGAGACCACGGCCAUAGGUACUGCCUGUAUUGGAUCGUCGGAAGCGAUAAUGCUAGCUGUCCUGGCUAUGAAGAAGCGCUGGCAGAAUGCUCGAGAGGCCGCCGGGCAAGAUACAUCAUCUCCAAACCUGAUCAUGAGCAGUGGUGUACAGGUAUGUUGGGAAAAAGCAGCACGGUACUUUGAGAUCGAAGAGAAGCUUGUUCCCUGUACGUCAACGCGCUAUGUUAUCGAUCCGGUUCAAGCAGUGGAUCUCGUUGACGGAAACACGAUCGGAAUCUGCGCCAUUCUGGGAACGACAUACACGGGUCAAUACGAGGAUGUCAAGGGUAUAAACAACCUCCUUGUACAGAGGGGUCUUGAUACGCCUAUUCACGUCGAUGCAGCUAGUGGUGGAUUCGUCGCUCCAUUCGUAAAUCCAAGUCUCGAGUGGGACUUUGCAUUGUCGAAUGUGGUUUCGAUAAACGUCUCCGGCCACAAGUACGGACUCGUAUAUCCCGGGAUAGGCUGGGCUCUCUGGCGCUCAUCCUCCUACCUUCCCGAUGACCUAAUCUUCAACAUCCACUACCUAGGCUCUGACCAGCUGAAUUUUACCUUGAACUUCUCUAAACCGGCAUCACACAUCAUCGCACAAUAUUACCAAAUGAUCCGUCUCGGAAAGAGAGGGUACACCGCCAUCAUGACCAAUCUCACCGACACAGCAGACUACCUCAGCAGCCAACUCUCUGCUCUGGGAUUCAUCAUAAUGAGCGAAGGGAGUGGUGACGGCCUCCCGGUAGUGGCAUUUCGACUUGGCCCCGAGCAAGGAGUUUUAUUCGAUGAGUUUGCCGUAUCUGCGAAGCUACGCGAACGUGGGUGGAUUGUUCCUGCGUACAAAAUGGCCGCUGACGCAGGUAUGAACAUGAUGCGCGCGGUUGUGCGGGAAGAAUUCAGUCGGAGUCGGUGCGAAAGCCUUGUUUGUGAUAUUCGAUGGGCUUUGAAAGCUUUGGUUGAGAGGGAGGUGCUGAAUGUUCAACGGUAUCAAGCGUGA